AUGACCGUGCAGCGCCCGUCGUGGCCGCCGCUGUACUUCCCGCACUUCCACGGCACGGAGCCGGUGCCGCGGCCGGCGGGCGGCGCCUGGGCCCCGCUGGCCGCGCUGUGCUGGCCGUGGCAGCCGCUGCCGGCCGCGGCCGGGCCGCCCCGCUACGCCGCGCUGCCCGCGCCCGUGGUGCCGGAGCCGCCGCGCCUCUGCUGCCCGCCCGCAGCUCCGCGGGCCGGGGAGGCGGCGCGGCGGCCCCCGGAGCUGGCGCAGCUGCAGCUGCAGGAGGAGAUGUGCGAGCUGGGCAUCCGCCUCAAGGAGCUGGAGCUGGCGGCGCUCAUCGGCGACGGCUUCGACGCCAGGCAGUAUAAAAUCCUGAAGGCACUGGAAGAAAAGAAGAUACAAAGCAUGAAAGCAAUGCAGAACAUGAAGUAA